GGCGGCCACCGAGUCUGUCCGACGCCUGCUGCGGCUGGACGAGACCUCGGGCUGGCUCAGCGUCUUGCACCGCAUCGACCGGGAGGAGGUGAACCAGCUUCGCUUCACUGUCAUGGCCCGAGAUCGGGGCCAGCCCCCCAAGACAGACAAAGCCACGGUCGUGCUGAACAUCCGCGACGAGAACGACAACGUGCCCACCAUCGACAUCCGGAAAAUCGGGCGCAUCCCGCUUCGGGACGGGGUGGCUAGUGUGGCCGAGGACGUGCUGGUGGAUACCCCCAUCGCCCUGGUGCAGGUGUCGGACCGGGACCAAGGUGAAAACGGUGUGGUGACCUGCACCGUGGUGGGCGACGUGCCCUUCCAGCUCAAGCCAGCCAGUGAGGGCGAAGGGGAGCCGCAGAACAAGCGCAAGUAUUUCCUCCACACCUCAGCCCCUCUGGACUAUGAAGCUGUCCGCGACUACAACGUGGUGAUCGUGGCUGUGGACUCAGGCAGCCCCAGUUUGUCCAGCAACAACUCCCUGCUGGUGCGGGUCGGGGACACUAACGACAACCCUCCUGUGUUCAGCCAGGCCGUGCUGGAGGUCUCCUUCCCGGAGAACAACCUGCCUGGCGAGAGGGUGGCCACGGUGGUUGCCACGGACGCGGACAGCGGUAAGAAUGCCGAGAUCACCUACUCCCUGGAGGCCUCACCCCUCUCCUCAGAGGCACCAGGUGGCAUUUUCAGCAUCGACCCCGACUCCGGGGAUGUGUCGGUGCAGGCGGUGCUGGACCGCGAGCAACGUGACACCUACGAGUUCCAGGUGACAGCCCGGGACAAGGGGGUGCCAUCGCUGCAGGGCUCCACCACGGUGGUGGUGCGGGUGGCGGACCGCAAUGACAACGAGCCGCGCUUCAUGCAGGAUGUGUUCACUUUCUAUGUGAAGGAGAACCUGCAGCCCAACAGCCCCGUGGGCAUGGUGACCGUGAUGGACUUUGACAAGGGCCGCAACGCAGAGCUCAGCCUCUCCAUCCAGCCUGGUGACCAUGACCAGGCAGCUGGCAUCUUCUCUAUUGAGAACGACACUGGAACAAUUUUCUCCACUGUCUCUUUCGACCGGGAACAGCAGACCAGCUACACUUUUAAGGUGAAGGCAGUGGACGGGGGUGAGCCGCCACGCUCUGCCACUGCCACUGUGUCCCUCUUUGUGAUGGACGAGAACGACAACGCGCCUACGGUCACUUUCCCCAGCAACAGCUCCUACACCGUGCUGCCGCCUUCCAGCAACAUGCGCACUGUGGUGGCCACAGUGGUUGCCACUGAUGCCGACACCGGUCUCAACGCUGACCUCAACUACAGUAUCGUGGGGGGCAACCCUUUCAAACUCUUUGAGAUCGACCCAGCCAGUGGCGUGGUGUCACUGGUGGGCAAGCUAGCCCCAAAGCAUUAUGGCCUGCACCGACUGGUGGUGCAGGUGAAUGACAGCGGACAGCCGCCCCAGUCCACCACUGCCCUGCUCCACGUCUUCGUCAAUGAGAGCCUGUCCAAUGCCACCGUGGUGGAAAGCCAGGUGGCCCGCAGCCUCCACACACCCCUAGCCCAGGACAUCGCCGGCGACCCCAGCUACGAGCUGAGCAAACAACGGCUUAGCAUAGUCAUUGGCGUAGUGGCUGGCAUCAUGACUGUCAUCCUCCUCAUCUUAGUGGUGGUCAUGGCCCGCUACUGCCGCUCCAAGGGCAAACAUGGCUACGAGGCUGGCAAGAAGGACCACGAGGAUUUCUUCACCCCGCAGCAGCAUGACAAGGCCAAGAAGCCCAAAAAGGACAAGAAAGGCAAGAAGGGCAAGCAGCCCCUCUACAGCAGCAUCGUCACCGUCGAGGCUUCCAAGCCCAACGGGCAGCGCUACGACAGCGUCAACGAAAAGCUCUCCGACAGCCCCGGUAUGGGGCGGUACCGCUCGGUCAACGGCGGCCCGGGCAGCCCCGACCUGGCCAGGCACUACAAGUCGAGCUCGCCGCUGCCCACUGUCCAGCUGCACCCGCAGUCCCCCACCGCCGGCAAAAAGCACCAGGCCGUGCAGGACCUGCCUCCGGCCAACACCUUCGUGGGCGCCGGCGACAACAUCUCCAUCGGGUCGGACCACUGCUCCGAGUACAGCUGCCAGGCCAGCAGCAAGUACAGCAAGCAGCCGUUUCGUAGAGUGACGUUUUCUGUUGUGAGUCAGCCUCAGGACCCGCAUCAAGGGUCAUUGCAGAGUUGCUAUGACAGCGGUCUGGAGGAGUCAGAAACACCAAGCAAUUCAAGGCCUCUACCAGAUGUAGCCCUGACAGGGAAGUGUACCCGAGAGUGUGAUGAAUAUGGCCACUCGGACUCCUGCUGGAUGCCAGUUCGCACUUCUCCUGAAAGAAAGCAGAAGAGCCAGCCAAAACUCUCCACUUUCAUGCCUGUUGAUGAACGGGGCAGUCAGGAAAAGCUGGCCAAUGGAGAAGCCUCCCUCAUGGGUGAUCGCAACAGAAACCUCCUUAACAAAAAGUUGACCUCAUCCUAUGAGACCUUCAGUGCGGCUAGUUUCAGCAAAAAUGAAGAAGGCAAUCCAGAGGAUAUCCCCCUUACACAGACAGGGGAAUACAAGCCAUCUCCUGUCAAUACUCUAACUAGAAGAGAAGUUUACCUGUAGGUUAAAAAGCAGCAACCAAGCUCUUUCAUAUUCUAAGAAAGAAAAGGGGCAAAAGUCUUAAAAUCAAAACAAUUUUAACAAAAAAUAAGAAACUAAAAAGAGGGGGCCACCAAAGAGACAAAAGAUCCGCCUGCCACUUCUGCCUCCAUAGCAGGCAUUUAAUUAUCCUGUCUGCCUGACUAUAAUGUACAAUGUAGAAAAUGUUGUUACUUGCAUGUCUAAUUCUCCCUCACUGAUUUUUAUUUUCCUAAAUCUACAGUUGCAAAUUCCUCCCAUAGUAACGAGCUUGAUUGAAAAGAAUACAACACACUGUUUUUUCCCCUCUGCAGAAGCAUGAGUUAAGCCACUCAUUUUGUUUGAUUGUCAUCUGGCUUGUUGAGGAUAACAGGUCAGGGAAAAUGUAUUCAAAGCAUCAUCUGAAUAUUGCUGAUCCCCACCAGGGACAAUCCUUCAGAAACCAUACAGUUAUAGAGAUAAAUAUAAAGGAAUAAUCAUUAAUAGGCACUUUGUGAAGACCACAGCUUUAAUAUUCUCACCUCUCAUCUGAGGCUGGAAGCAACAGAAAUACAUUCAGCCUGGGACUGAAGUCAGAAACAUGGCAUACUUUCCUAUGAUUCAUGAACUCUGGUUCUGUUUUAUCCAUAGAACAAAUGUGUUCUUGCUGUGUCUCUCUCCUUCUCUCUCUUUCUCUGUAAUGAUUACUGCAACGUAAACACAAUUAGUAACACAUAUACUGUAGGAUAGUAAUGAUAAACUGUUGAAAUCAUUAUUUUGGGCAAGACUAACAUCUAGCUGGAAAGAUCGUAAUAACAAAAAGGCCAAAGAUCACACAAUGGAUCAGGGGAACUGCUAAGUAUCGGGGCUUGGCUUAGAAAACCAAUAUAUUCACAAAACCACACAUGUACUCACAACACACCUUCAGUUACAUUUUGCACAGCAGCAUACUUCACAAGCCCAGAUGACUUUUUUUUUUUUUUUUUCCAUUCAGUUGAAUGCCCAAAGGAACUGAUGUGGGGUUUUUUGUAAUGACAUGAUAUGUUGCAGCAGAUGCUGCAUAUGAUAUGCUGCAUAUGCCAGUUCCAGGGAAAUUUUAAGAUCAAAAUUAAAAGUGAAGAGUAGCGAUAGGAGGCUGUGUUAAUGAGAAUGCUUGGUAGGGUGGAAAGGGUGAACAAUCGGAUGAUGCAGUGACAAGAGAAUAUUACAAGUCAAAUACAAAACCUUCUUUCCAGAGUGUAAGGAGUGAUUGCUAGGUCUUUUGUCAUCAGUGUUGCAGAUUACCAAUUGCUUCAAUUAUGUCAAGGAUAUAAUGAAGGUUUUCUUGAAACACAAGUGCAUUAAAACCAAGAGAAGUGCAAUACUAAAUGAUGUCAAGACUCAGAAUAUUUAGGCUAGGUAGAAAAUGGUACUGUGAUAAACAGUGGUAUGAUACUCACCUAGCAGGCGAAGGCGAGUCAAAAGGAGUCCAAGCUACUGUGAUAUGCAAGAGCUCUGGGCUGUAACAAUUCUCAAGGUGAACGCUUCUUGACAGGAAGAGGAAAUUAAACAGAUUUUUGUGCAAUAAAAGCAACAAAACAUGCAGAACUUCAACCAGUUGCUUUGUAGCUGAUGCUGUAGUAAUAAUGACAGACUGAGCUCAGACAUUCAGAUGAGAGCGACAAUCAAACAACACAGCAAGGACAGCUCAAGGAGGAAAGCAUUCAAAUCCCUGGCUGUUUAACCUGGCGUUAAGGCAUGACUAGAUGGCUCUUUAGUAUACUGUAGACACAAUGUAGCUUUGGGUAGUUUCUUGCUAUGAAGAAUUGCAUAGAAAUAACCUUAAACAGCCUAAUGUAGAGGUUGGUAAAUCAAUAAAACUCAUCACAUUUAUCUUUUGAAAUCACUUCUUCAUAUAGUGGGAUGUGCCAUAAUUGGCCAUUUUGUUCUCCUGAGUUUACUUUCUUCAAGUAACAUUGGUGUAUAGCAGUUACGAUGAAUGGGCACAUUUUAGAAAGAAAAUAUCAAAGAUUAAUAAUGAUUGAACAUUUUUAUGUUUAAUUAUUUAAGUAAUAUGGAGAGAUGCAAACUAGUACUUUGUUAUGAGACUGCAUACAGCAGUUACUGCUUUGUAUAAUCUGUAAGUACCUGUUUAAAAAUGCUUCUAAAAAUGCUUAUGUAAUGUAUACACAUUUUUCUUGCACGUUUCAACAGAAUACACAAUUGCAUAAGACGAAUGUUCAACAGAAUUUCCUUUAAUAAGAUUUUAUUUAAUAUUACACAGACACACACAAAAAGUUAGUAGCUUGGUUCCAUAUAUUCUUAGACCCUUUUUCUACAAGGCUAAUAAUACAGGUCAUAGAAGACCUUCAGAUUAAAAGGAUCAGCAGUCACUCACCAAUUUUUGCACCACAUAAGACAGUCAUUAAAUACUUUACUUGUGUGCAUCUCCUUAGAUCUAAAAUGGGUGUGAAAGAUUUUUUAAAAAAUUCUAUCUACUGUAAGUAUUCACAGUAAUUCUGGUGGAACUAGCCACUAUUAAUGUGCUGAUUACUCUUCUGACCUGGCAUGACACACAAAUAUAUUUUGUGUUUGUAUUAUUCCUCUUUAUUUGAAAUAGGUUAAAACUGGUGCCACUCCAUAAAUAGAGUGUUUUUGUAUAAAAAUAAACAAAUAAAACUAUAAAAAAUAAUUAGGGUGAAUGCAAAAUAUGCAACUGUGCCUUUUAUACCUAUUAUUAUGGUAAAGUGGUAGUUGGGUUUGGACACUGAGGGAUAAGGGGCUAUUCCCAACUUUUUUGAACCUGUAUAUUUACCUGUGUUUAUUUUCUGAGAAAUUAUAAAUAAUAUAUUUAAAAACAAGCCUUUUGCCAAACUCAGUUAAUGGACCAGUCUUAAGCAUUAUUAAUACAAGGCUGUGGUUUAAGUAGGUCUCGAGUAUUUUUUUUAUUACUAUUUUUGUGGAGUUUGGGAUUGUUUUAAUUUGUUUUUAAUUCUGCUGCCUGGAAAACUAUGAUCAGUCUAUAUUAUAGUUAUCUAGCAAGGUGUCACCAGUUCAUGUUGCCAGGAAAAUUGAAGAUUAAUUUUCUUAAUUGCUUUAGCCAUCAUCACAUUUCAGUUGUACAGUAUAGAAAUCAUCCUUUUAUUUCCUUCCAUGGGAAACUCAAAUGAGCUUUGCAUGUAUUUUACCAUUAGGGCACCUUUAUAGAUUGAUGCGUUAAUAUAUAACUUUAUAUGUAUUAGAAAAUUCAAUAGCUUUGAUCUAAAAUCUAAUGCUCAUUCUGGAUCUCAGAUCCAUUAUGUUUAUUCAAUAUGGUUUCUGACUGGCCUGCUGCCUGAGUUUCAGGAAAAAAAGUUAAACAUUAUUUUUAUGUGGGGGAAGAACUUAAAUGGGAUUGAAAUGAUUGGCUGAAAGGUUACCCUAGGAAGUUGUCAUUCAGGAAAACAAAGAAUAUUGUUAAAGACCUUGCCAUAAAUCCAGACAUCACCACCACUUGCAAGGAACAUGAACAACAAAAUACUUUUCCUUUUGUUUCAUUGGUACAUAUAUAGAGUGUUUCCUUAAGGAAUGAAGCAGAUGAAAUAGCAAUAGAAAUAAAAGUCCAUCAGUUAAGUUGUAUUACUGACUGAAGAGCAUAAACACAAGGAAGAAGACAACAUUCACCAGCUACCUGGGGUAUGUUUUCAGACAACUUUUUCCUAAAUUUUAAAGCACUUGCAUUCAGUGUGGUACGAUCUGUUUGUAAUAAUAAUCAUUGACUAUUGUUCUGCAACUUGGAUGUUGAUAGUGAAGCAGAGAAAAAUUUAUCAUUGUUUAUUAUGAGUCACUAUGCACGCAACUAUGCUAAACAUGGCAAAAUGUAUUAAGCGCAAGUCCACCUCUAUUUAUGAAAUAUUUACAUAAUUUAAUUUGCUUUUGUACAGUUUUAUGUAAAUAAAUUGCUUGUCAUUUUUGUCUCUGCAAAUUAAAAUAUAACAUGUUCAACUGGUUGCCCAUUUGCCAGUGUACUUUCUCUGACAGGCUAUUCCACUUUUACUGGAUGAAAUCACAUGCUAGUUUGCAUAUUUAACCUAUAUUUUGCAUGGCAAAGAUGAAAUUGCCUUUGUAAGUGGCUACAUCUUCAGCUGCUGAUACAGCUGAAGUUUUACCUGUCUGCAGAGUGACAUUCAAUAAAGAUUAUUGUCACUCAGGACAGCAUACAGCUAUUUUUGUGGUAGAAAUAAAGUACUUGUAAUGAUAGCAGUUGUUUCUGAUUACUGUUCAAAAGGGCUUCUUAUUAAGGUGUGUUUAAAACUUUCAUAUUCAGGGGAACAACAAACCCAACAAUUUACUUAAGAAUAAUCUUAAGGAAAAGCUCAGGUAUUUCCAUUAUGAAAUGACAAUUUUCUAAUUAUCAGCAAGGUUGCUAUUUUUUCCGAGAAGUUUAAAAAUAUUAACAAAUCCUAGUGUCAGUGAAGCAUAUAUGCUGAAAAGAACAACACAAUUAAUGCAGCAUUUCAGAACAAAAUGUAAAGUAAAAAAACCUCCAGUUCUUUCUAGCUGUGAAUCAAAUUAUCCAUCUCAGCAUAACUACAGAUCAAGAACAAACCCUUCUCAAGAAGAAACAUCUAAGAAGCAGAAAGAGUUUAUUCCUUAGCUGUCUGGAUCACACACUGCUUUUUGUUUGUUUGUUUGUUU